AAUGCUCAGUUUUUUCCUCCCAUGCAAACCAUAAUUAGACAUUUAGUGCCAUUAUCACAUCAAUCGUUUAGAUUUUAUUCACUAUAGAUUUAGGCAUUACUCUUAGCUUGCCUUCUAUCAGAGGAAUUGGUUGUUCAAUAGUGAACAGAGUUUAGAGUUACAUAAACCUUUACUGGCAUAGUUCUUUAAGAUGAGAAACCUCCCCAGGCUCCUUAUACUGGAGUCUCUUCUAGUUAUAGCACUGUUAUGCUUCACUAGUAGCUUUCAGCUGGUUGAAGGUGACAGCCGAGAUGGAUGGAACUAUGCUCAUGCAACUUUCUAUGGAGGUUCAGAUGCUUCAGGCACAAUGGCUGGUGCCUGUGGUUAUGGGAAUAUGUAUGCACAAGGAUAUGGUCUGACCACAGCUGCAUUGAGUACUGCUCUGUUCAACAAUGGAGAGGCUUGUGGUGCAUGUUUUGAGCUGAGGUGUGUGGAUGACCCACAAUGGUGUCUUCCAGGGAGCCCUUCUGUGGUUGUCACUGCCACCAACUUCUGUCCACCAAAUUAUGCCCUGCCUAGUGACAAUGGUGGGUGGUGUAAUCCACCCAGACCACAUUUUGACAUGGCCCAACCUGCUUUUGAAAUGAUUGGCAUUUGGAAGGCAGGGAUUGUGCCUGUCAAAUACAGAAGAGUCCCAUGUGUGAAGGAGGGAGGGAUCAGAUUUACCAUUAAUGGCAACUAUUACUUUUAUCUGAUCCUGAUAACAAAUGUGGGUGGAAAUGGAGAUGUGGUGGGUGUGAAGGUAAAGGGGUCUAAUAUUGAUUGGUUUCCUUUAACAAGGAAUUGGGGACAAAACUGGCAAUGCACAACCAACCUUAAGGGGCAGUCUCUGUCUUUUCAAGUUACAACCAGCAAUGGGCAGAGAAUUACUUCAUAUAAUGUUGCUCCUUCUAAUUGGUACUUUGGCCAGACCUUUGAAGGAAAACAGUUCUAAAGCUCAUGGCAUCCUUUUAAAAAGACUGGUGAAAUCAUUCACCCGUGUGAAGCAUAUAUACUAUAAAUAUAAAGAUCUGUGUAUGCAGUGACUGCAGCAGGGGUGUGUUUAAUGCAGCCACCCGCUUAUAGAGCUUUUCACAGCAGUUGAUGUACUGAUAACUGUUUUAAUAAUAUAUCUAUCAAGCUCGAGAUAAUCUUUUAUGUUC